AUGAGCCACCUCCCCCAAUACCCAGUCCAACAAGAGCCCACAAUCCCCCUCGUAGGCUUCCAACCCCCCUCACAAAAAGGCUACGCCCAAGUAAACCAAUACACCACCGCACCCCUCCCCCAACCCGCCUACGAGAAAAGAAUGGAAAACCGCAACAAAUAUAAAGAGCUUGCGAAAAAGCUCCACGCGCGACACAAAGCCAUGGCCUUAACAUCACGCGGCAUCUCUGCCAUACUCAACAUGCUCAUGUUCGCCUUCAUGGCACUCGUAAUAGUAGUAUUCUACAGCACCCGCGACGACCAGGCGCUCGGCCGAGGAAUCUGGCCGAAAAGCGGGAAAGAAUGGCCGACUAUUCUCUUGCUCGCAGCUUCGUUUCUGACGUUCGUCGGAUCCGUGAUCACGCUUGUGAUAUUCUGCUGUUGUUUCAAGCGGGCGGCGGAGAGUUGGAAAUUAGCUGCGUUUGGAUACGCGAUACAUAUCCUUGCGUGGGUGGCCGUAACGACUAUUUAUCGGACCGAGAAACGGUUGGAUGAUCUUUGGGGGUGGAGUUGUAGUGAUAUUGCGACGAAGUUGCAGGAUGAGGGACAUGCAAGUGUGGAUUUUAAUAAGUUGUGUACGGUCCAGACAAUAGCGUGGUACUUGUCACUCGUCGAGACAAUUGUCAAGAUUUUGUUUGCCAUCGGCACUUUCUUCUUAUUCCGAAAGAACAAGUACAUCAACGCCAAGCUGAGGUUGACUGAAGGGCUGGGAGAUGGUAGCAUUGGGUUAUUGAGCGCCUUCACAUAA